UCUACCGGAGAGAGAGAGAGAGAGAGAGUCAGAUAGAGUUACCGUUACUGCUUUUUCUCUUCCCGGGGAGAGUCCGAGCGCUCUUUACUCUCUAUUCCUUGAUCUUCCGUCCUCAUCUUCAUCUUCAUCUUCCUCAUCCCCGGCUGGUGUCCCGGAGUGUGUCUGCUGCGCGCCUGUGAUCGGUGCAGCGAUGCUGCUGAUUGGCUGUGUCCUGUUGGCUGUGUGUUCAGCAGCUCCACCUGCACACAUCAACCGCCUGGCUCUGUUCCCUGAUAAGAGCGCCUGGUGUGAGGCCAAGAACAUCACUCAGAUAGUGGGGCACACGGGGUGUGUGUCUCAGUCCAUCCAAAACAGAGCGUGUUUGGGACAGUGUUUCAGUUACAGUGUACCCAACACCUUCCCUCAGUCCACUGAGUCUCUGGUGCACUGUGACUCGUGCAAGCCUGCGCAGACGCAGUGGGAGGUGGUGACCCUGGAGUGUCCUGGUAGUGUGGAGGCACCACGGGUAGAGAAGUUGGUGGAGAGGAUUCUACACUGUAGCUGUCAGUCAUGUAGUAAAGAACUUGGCCAGGAGGGGGCACUGCUGCAGCUCUACAGCCCCGACAACACACUCGAUCCUGACACACACAACACACACAACUCACACAACUCACACAACACACAGCUGCACACCGACACACACAACACACACACACUUGCAGAUGGAGACACACACACAGACCGAGUCUGAUACACAGACACACAGCUGAGGGAGGAUGAACACUUGCUCUCUUUAUCUGUCCUUCACUGCACCUUUUACACACACACACACACACACACACACACACACACACACACACACACACACUCACACUCAUACACACACACUCAUUCACUGUGUGUGUGUGUCUUUGUGUGUAAAAGAUGAGAGAUGCUGGGAAUGCUCCAUGCAGUAGUGGUGUGUGUGUGUGUGUGUGUGUGUGUGUGUGUGUGUGUGUGUGUUGCAGGGUGAAGUGAUUUUUGUCUGUUUUAGUCAAUAGGAGUUUUCUGCUUCUCACAUAUCUGCUGGUUUUAUCUUCAUUAAAAAAAUAAAAACAUCACUACAGAAAUUAAUUCAUAAAUGAAUCUUCUAAUUUAUUUCUCUAUUUCUCUUUUAAAAAAUUACUUUUUUUCUUUCACAUUUAUCCCUCACUUUAUUAUCUCGCUUUCAUUGUCUUUUUUAUUAGCACUCUUUCUUUCUUUCUUUCUUUCUUUCUUUCUUUCUUUCUUUCUUUCUUUCUUUCUUUCUUUCUUUCUUUCUUUCUUUCUUUCAGUUGCCAGGUCUUUUGAAAAACUCUCUGUCUGUUCUUCUGACCAAUCAGAACAUCCCUGCUCUCUGAAUACACACACACACACACACACACACACACACACACACACACACACACACUCUCUCUCUCUCUCUCUCUCUCUCUCUUUUGCUUUCUUUCUGACAUGAUUAUAUAGAAGUUAUAUGUCAUGAGUGUAUGUCUCUUUAACACAAUAAACAGCUAAACCCUG